AUGAAUCUAUCAGUAAAUGGUCAGUCUCAAGUCCCUCCGGGUUUUCGAUUCCAUCCGACAGAAGAGGAGCUUCUGUGUUACUACUUGAGGAAGAAAGUUGCCCAUGAAAUGAUAGACUUCAAUGUAAUUCGUGAGGUUGAUCUUAACAAGCUUGAACCAUGGGAUAUCCAAGAGAGGUGCAAAAUAGGAGGCACCCCACAAAAUGAAUGGUACUUCUUCUGUCACAAAGAUAGAAAAUACCCAACUGGGAGUCGCACAAAUCGUGCGACUACAGCCGGAUUCUGGAAGGCUACAGGCCGUGAUAAGGUCUUAUACAGCUGCUAUAGAAAAAUUGGAAUGAGGAAGACUUUGGUGUUCUACGAAGGGCGAGCGCCAUGCGGGCAAAAAUCAGAUUGGAUCAUCUAUGAAUAUAGGCUAGAUGACAGCACCCAUGAGACAAAGGGCUCGAAUCUAAAACGAAUUUCAACUCCAGAAGAUCCUUGGGCUGUAUGCCGAAUUUUCAGAAAGAGAAACUUCCACAAGACUCCCCAGACUCCCCAACACACAUCGUCGUCUUUGGAUUCAAAGACCCAACCUUAUAACUCAAUCGACAAUGAUGGUGUUCUUAAUAAAAUAGUUAAAAACAAGACAAAGUGUUGCAAGCAAGAAAAAAGAGAAAUCAUUGAUAGGAAAAUCAAUAACAAUAAGCUAUUGCAUUACCGGAAUCAAAUUGACAGGGAAAUCAGUAAGGAGUUUCCCAAUAUGUUCAUGCAUUUUCCAAUUCCAAGUCCAGCAAUUCCAGCUGCUUCAAUAUCACUUGCUGUCGAUAAUUUAGAUUUUAAACAAGACUCUUGUUUUGAGGAUUGUGGUCUUUUGUUCAAUGAGAUGCUCUCAGAAACUGAACCUUCGGGCACCAACCCUGGCAGUGCUUGCACAGUCAAAAUGGGCGAGGCACGGGAGGAAGGGCCUUGUGGUUGGGCUGCAGUGGACCAGCUUGUAGCAAUUCAGCUCAAUGGCCAAUCCGAGACACCAGAGCAAUUAUCCGGCUAUGGUCACUUCACCAAGGACUUCUGUUUAUCUCCUCACGAUGAUGCAGCAUCAUCCCAAUUAUGUUCAAAUGGACCAAAUCAAGCUGCCCAAGUAUAUGGAAACGAGAUUGAUCUUUGGAGCUUUACAUGA